AUGAAAUCAAAUUCAGGGAUAACGCACGUCGUUACUAGAAUUUCGUCACGAAAAUUACGUUCAGAUAAUUCAAUCACUGACAGAAUUACCGAUUCGAACGAUGAUGAUAAUUCUUCUAGCACGCAACAGAAACUUGCCCAAAGAUUAUCUCGUGCGAUAAUCAAAUGCGAUGAUAAUGUACCUCACAAUUAUUUAAGUUCCACUUUUGUUCGAAUUGUGAAUAUUAGCGUAUUGCCCGAAUCAAACAUCGCUAAAAUCUGGUGGAAACCCGAUCCACAAAAGGGAAUUAACGAGUCAAAAAUCGAAAAUACAAUGAACAAAUACUCAAUCAAAUACCGGAAGAUCCUACAAAAUGCGUUGCAUAUGAGGAACCCACCAAAAAUAGUUUUUUUACGUUAUGAUAAAACAUUUGGAAAUAUGAGUAAACUUUUAGAUAAGAUUGAAGAAGAGUUAAAUCACAAGGAAACCGAACCUUAA